AGCCAAACGAUUCACUCUUGACCCCACACGACAAGAUGGCAACCAAGGGUGUGUGGCAGCUCAAGCAGGUGACGAUCCGUUACUGCCAGCACGGCGGCAGCAGUCGCUACGUUCGACAGCUUCUAGGUGAUGAGCGUUUCGUUAAGUUUGUCGAGGAAAAUCCGCAAGUGCAGUUCGAGACGGAGCUCAAAGGUGCUCGUCACCCCAUCCUCAUUGGAGACUACGUGACAAAUGAGCGCAAGGUGUCGGAUAUUAAGAACCAGGACAUUCCCUUCAUCAUGAAGCAGCUGGAGCGCCUUCGCAACUCAAGCGGCCGUAAAAUGACGCACAUCAAGAAGCCAGUCUUCACCAAGCGCCCAACCGCUCAGGGAAUCUGGCAGCCGGACCUCGACUUUCCGGAAUUCAAGAUCAGCGACCGCACGUAGAUGUCGAUGCUAAUAGGUUGGAAGAGUAUCGAUGGUGCAGCCCUGCUACCAGAUCGAGGAUUGCAACUGUCGUGCAAGAACUUACAGCUCCGAGUGUUCAAUGGCACUACACGCAGGACCCUUUCAACAAAUGUAGCAUCAAAUAUAUUCCUUCAACAACCGCUGAGAGGUAGGAAGCGGGGUCUACCACCUGGUCUCCCCCCCUCUCAUCUAACUGUUUCGUAUCACAACGUCAAGACGCUGCAGGCAGCGGCAGCUAAGAGAUCCAGCACCUGGGGUACUACAACCGGCUUAGAAACCGUGCAACACCACCUGGCUAUCCAUGCAAAUUUCCUGGUCCAGCAGGAACUCACGGAUGUUGGUUCGCUGGUCACCCGAAAGCUGAAUAAUUUCACCAAGCUCGUCGUCCUUGACGAUGGCACCGUUGCAGCUGAAGUUCUUCUUGAAGGCCUUGAGGAUACGCUUCACGUCCAGGUCGUCAGCCAAGCCCUGCACCGUCGUCAGACACUUGCGGCCAUUGCGCUGCUGCACACGCACGUGAACCUUGCCGCCGCCGAUGCUCGAGUCGUCCUUGGCGUCAGCAAA